UGGCUGUCAACAAGAUGACGUCAUCAUAAGGAGCGCUGAUUGGUGGUUCAAUAGUCGGUGUUAUGGAGACUCUGCCGCCUCACUUAUAGAUUGUGGUGUACUACAGAGAAGUGUUCACCAUGUGUGUUGGGCCUUUGAAGCGAGUGUGUCACUGGGGGCCACUCAUUGCUCUUGGAAUAAUCAAAUGGGUGACACUAGCGACGGUGAGUUGUCUCUCCCAGUGGUGGCCACCGGACACCAGCUGGGGCGGCUCCUUCAUCUUCCUCAGCUUCAUGACCUGCGCUGUCCUCACCCUCUACUGCUUCCUGCACGCUAUGUACACCGGCCCGGGAACCUUACCCCCUGAAUGGCAUCCGGAGAAUGAAAGUGAUAAGCAAUUUCUUCAGUUUUGUGCAGCUUGUGAGGGAUACAAGGCUCCUCGCUCACACCACUGCCGCAAGUGUGGUUGUUGUGUCAUGAAGAUGGAUCACCACUGUCCCUGGAUCAACAAUUGUGUCGGGCACAAAAACCACGGCUCUUUCACCUUCUUCCUCUUCUUUGCUGUAUUGGGAUGUGCUCAGGCAACUGUCGUCCUUUCUCUUACCAUCUACCACGCUAUACAUAGGACGUGGUACAUCUACUAUGGCACAGGAACGGAGCCGAUCGUUUACAUGAGUCUUUGGGGUAUGGUGCUCUGUAUGUUCGUGUUAGGACUGGCCAUUGGGGUCGUGCUGGCGGUGGGGAUGCUUCUCUACUUCCAGGUACGAGCUAUUCUCCGCAACAGGACAGGCAUCGAGGACUGGAUUCUGGAGAAAGCCAUCCAUCGCCGGGAUUCAACCGAUGAACCGUUUAUCUACCCGUACAACUUAGGACGAUGGAACAACUUUGUGCAGGUCAUCAACGUGUGGUGUGAGCCCAAUGGGGAUGGUAUAGAGUGGACGGUGCGUGAGGAAUGCAACCAGUACACUCUGACGAUAGAACAGCUGGCCCAGAAGGCAGAGAAGCGCGCCCGCAGUCAAGAGUACCAUAUAGUCGAAGGCUUCUCUGGCUGGUGGUUCCCCUGCACUAAGGGCAUCUGUGUGUGUUGUCAUCCUCCCUGCACUGACGAACCUCGCAUAAGGCUCUACCCUGGCGACGAAGUUAUAGUCACUCGUUGGAAAAAGUACUGGCUCUACGGUGAACGUAUCAACUCGUCGUCAUCGCCAACGACGUCGUCAGGUGACGGGUCCAAUGUCUACCGCCACAGAGGCUGGUUCCCUCGCCGCUGUGCAGUCCAGAUCUUGUGCACAAAACCCGAGGCCGACGCUCCAUCCUCGUCCCCGUCCUCACGCACCCAGAAGCAGACCCACGAGAAGACGAUGGAAAACAAGAAAAAGCGGUGAUACUCCAUCUUGAAAUCCGGUGAAGUCACGGUGGCUUAUGAGUGAAGGUUGACAGGGACUGAAGUAGGCAUGAUAUAUAAGGUACUAUACGCGAGUCUCCUAUGAGAGGCAUAGUUCUUUCUGCCGUUGUAUAGUAGUUGUUGCUGCUGCUGACGAACGUGGUGGCGUGUUUAGUUGUAAUGUUUGUAAACACGUCGGCAUAUUGGAGUUGUUUACUUCUUGGGGUAUACACAAGUUGAUCAUUGUGUGUGUGCAUGUGAGAGAGAGAGAGAGAGAGAGAGAGAGAGAGAGAGAGAGAGAGAGAGAGAGAGAGAAUUUGGAGUCAGUUUGAGCAAGAGUUUAUACCUGAGAGAAAUGUUUCUUCUUAUAAGGGCAUAUAAUGGAUGGAUAGUUAGGUAGAUAGACUGUUGGCAGAGCGUAAAAUUGACUGUUAGAAGAGAUAGACUGUUGGAAGGGCAUGGAAGGUUGCUAGACUGUUGAAAGGGCAUGGACAGUUUGUAAGGGAGACAGACUGAAAGGGCAUGCAAUAGACUGUUGGAAGGACAAAUGGAAGGCUAGUUAGGUAAAUAGACUGUUGAAAGGGCAUGAAAUAGACUGUUGGAUGGACAAAUGAAAGGUUAGUUAUUUAGUUAGACUGUUGAGACUGUCAGAAUGAAAGACCCAGAAUUAAAGGCUCCAUUUGACAAGACGUUACCAGUAAGAAAGUUUUAUCAGAUACAAGUUGUAGUAGUAAAGUAAAAAAGAAUAUUUGUAAAGUGUUAAGUGUAAGUAGAUAGGAUAGGUUAUUUCUACAGUAUUCCAUUAGUUUUAACUACAGUACUACAUUACUUUAGUCCAGUACAUUUUUCCUUCAAUCUCCCUUUAGUACAAUUCAUCUUUCAUUCUAUCUUCAUUACAUUAGUACAUAUAUCUUUCAUCUUUAACUUUUAACUCAAUGGAUUAUUAUCAUUUUGUCUUUAACUUAAAAUGAGUUCAUGGAUGAUAUUUGAUAAUUUAUUUCAGUGUUGCUUUUAUUUCCUCUCAUAUUUAGAUCUGAUUUUUGGCCAAUCAGAUGUUUUGGUUAAUAAAAUGUUUUGACCAAUCAGAGUUUUUGGGCUUUUACAUUUUUGGUUAAUCAGAUUUUUUCAGUAAUUUUUGUUGUCAAUCACAUUUUUUGGCCAAUCAGAUUCUUCAGUCAAUUACAAUUUUCUAGCCAAUCAGAGAGUGGUAAUAAAUAUCCAGGGUACCACAGAAGAAUGUACGUAGAUUUUUCCGUGAAGAGUGCUUGAAUGUUUGUUUUGUAACAGCAACUUUGUCUUCCUCACUUGUUGAUGUGUGUCUGAGGUUUUCCUACAAGUGAGGACAGACAAUGUUGCUGUGUUAAUACAUUUUCCUCACUCCUCGCUUGUCAAUGUGUGUUUGAGGUUUUCCUACAAGUGAGGACAGACAAUGUUGCUGUGUUAAUAAAUUUUCCUCACUCCUCGCUUGUCGAUGUGUGUUUGAGGUUUUCCUACAAGUAGGGACAGAUAAUGUUGCUGUGGUAAUACAUUUUCCUCACUCCUCACUUGUUGAUGUGUGAGAUUUUCCUACAAAUGAGGACAUUGCUUUUAUAAUACAUUGUCCAGGUUUUGGGUGUGUGAGAUUUUCCCACAUGUGAGGACAGUGUUGCUGAAUUAAUACAACCAUUUACUGAAUAGUCAGGGAAAUCUACACAAUUCGCUGUAUUAAUUUUUCCGAGACUCAGUAUACAGUAGUUAGGUAGUACUGUAGUCAACAAUAUCGAGCCUUAAAACUACUUAAAUUAAGGCUAUUUCUCUGUGAUCUUCCCUACCUUAAAAAAAACUUGUCACAUGGGAUCAGUAGAGGUAAUUUCACUUUGAUCUUACCUUAAAACAACUUAAAUUAAGGUUAUUUCUCUGUGAUCUAACUUAAAAAUCACCUCACGGGGAAGAUGUAUUUAACUAUUUAAUUUGACUAAUAAACUGAGCUCUCUACAGGGUGUGUGUAUAUAUUUUGUCUUCUAAGUCUGCAUAAUUAAAUAUAUAGCUUGAAGCUUCCAUCUAACAGUAUAUGGAGGAGAACUUCCUUAGUGAGACCUCCAUCGAUGUGCAGAAGGCUGUUCUUUAGUGAAACUUCCAUCUGUUGAACUUUAUAGAGAGGGAAGUUCUUUAGUAUAACUUCCAUCUGUUGAACUUUAUAGAGAGGGAAGUUCUUUAGUGAAACUUCCAUCUGUUGAACUUUAUAGAGAGGGAAGCUCUUUAGUGAAACUUCCAUCUGUUGAACUUUAUAGAGAAGAAAGUUCUUUCGUGAAACUUCCAUCUGUUGAACUUUAUAGAGAAGAAAGUUCUUCAGUGAAACUUCCAUCUGUUGAACUUUAUAGAGAAGAAAGUUUUUUAGUAAAACUUCCAUCUGUUGAACUUUAUAGAGAAGAAAGUUCUUUAGUAAAAUUUCCAUCUGUUGAACUUUAUAGAGAAGAAAGUUCUUUAGUAAAAUUUCCACCUAACUAUGUGGAGAAGGCAGUUCUUUAGUAAAACUCCACCUAACUAUGUGGAGAAGGCAGUUCUUUAGUAAAACUCCACCUAACUUUAUAGAGAAGAAAGUUCUUUAGUAAAACUCCACCUAACUAUGUGGAGAAGGCAGUUCUUUAGUAAAACUCCACCUAACUAUGUGGAGAAGGCAGUUCUUUAGUAAAACUCCACCUAACUAUGUGGAGAAGGCAGUUGUUUAGUAAAACUCCACCUAACUAUGUGGAGAAGGCAGUUCUUUAGUAAAACUCCACCUAACUAUGUGGAGAAGGCAGUUGUUUAGUAAAACUCCACCUAACUAUGUGGAGAAGGCAGUUCUUUAGUAAAACUCCACCUAACUAUGUGGAGAAGGCAGUUCUUUAGUAAAACUCCAUCUGUCAUACUAUAUAGAAUGAGUAUAGUCUGUUUUUUGUGACACACCUCCAUCUGUUGAACUACACGAGUUAGAUCAACAUUUCUCAGAUGGGGUGUAAACAGUUCACAUUAUCUGUACUUUAUACAGUAUAUAUACUUAUAUCUGAUGCCUCUCGGUAAUAUUUUUAUUAAGGAUAGUUGGGUGUCAGUGUCAGUUAGUCGUCACCUAACAGGCAAGGAUCAUGUCAAACUUGCGGAAAAGUUACUGUAGGACGCGUGACAGUUAUUGACAGUCAUUGACAGGUGGUGUGUUUGUGGUAUAUUUGUUGCUCAUCACUUCAGGUUCGAUCCCCAGGUCAGAUGGGGUCGGAUGUGGGAAGAGCAUUAUCUAGUUAUCCAGUGUUAUGUAACCAAACAUGGCAGGUUUUUUUUCAGGAAUUGCAUUAGAACAGAGAACAGACAUGCAUAAUAGGACAGGGAACAGACAUGCAUAAUAGAACAGACAUGCAUAA